AAUUACUGGAAGAACACUCACGUGACCAACACGUGGUAUGUGAACUUUGCCUCUCUUCUCACUCGGACACAUUCAUCCCCAAAAGAAACCUUCCCUUCCUCCUCCGUCUUUUCGCCCUUCUGCGCUCACAUCGUCAAUCAGUUGAAAAAUGGCGGGAAAGUACAUCAUAGGAUCUCUUGUGGCAACCUUUGGAGUUGCAUAUGUUUGUGACACCAUUAUUUCUGACAGAAAGAUAUUUGGAGGUACCACUCCCGGAACUGUUUCAAACAAGGGAUGGUGGGAAGAAACUGACAAGAAAUUCCAGGCCUGGCCUCGCACUGCAGGACCUCCCGUUGUCAUGAACCCCAUCAGUCGCCAGAAUUUCAUUGUCAAAUCCCAGUCAGAAUAGUGAAAGGGUUUACCUUGGGCAUAUAAGUUGAUGAAAUGAGUUUCUUUUCCUGGUCAACAAAAUCAUUCUAAUAAGCUUCUCACUGUGGGUAAGAUUUUACUCUUGUUUCUGGCUUGGUUGAAGGUGUAUCAAACCGUGGCUGGCAUUUUUUGUGACAAAUUUCCUUUUUGUUUGGGGGUUAUUUAAUCAGAAUUGGCCCCUCAUUCAAAACGCAAGGUCCAGAUAAUACUUUUGGGUGUUGCUCUUGUUGUGUUUUUAUCCAAACUACAUUGGUUAACUGAGAGUAUGCUUCUGAAUGCUGCUGUUUCAUCUCUUUA